CCAGGGGCUCAGCCCUGGAGAUGGAGUUCAAGCGCGGCCGCUUCCGACUUAGCGUUUUCAGUGACACGCCCGAGUAAGGUGUGGACCGCCCGCGCACCCGAACUGCACCUUCCCCGGCCUGGUUGUCAGGAUUCGCCUCCGCCUGGAAAAACUCCUGCUUGGCCUCGAUUUGAGGAGCUGCAGAGGAAUCUGUGUCUAAGGUGGGAGUUUCCUCCGAGUCCUCCAGUGUACAUCUCUCACGCCCCGGGGAGGCACCCAAGCCCGACCUACAACCCCCAAAGAGGCUGCAGAAGGAUUGGAGGGGUAAGGCUGAGCCAGGACAGAGAGGGUGCACAGCACCACAGUGACACUCCUGUCCCCAAGGCUGCCCAGAACAAAGGCCCUUUCACACCCGUGCCCCAUGUCGCGUGUCCCAGGCCUUCCCUGAGUCAGAAGCUAGUGGACUAGGGGGGAGCGAUUUUGUCGCCGCACCCCUACCAACUCGGCCUGAAAACCCCGCGUGGGACAGGCGUGGAGGAGUAAGGAGCAAGGCCAGGAACAGGAGGAGGGGCCUGUGAAUCCCGCCGCCCCUGGGAUCUGCCAGGCCUUUGGGAGCCGGGGCGGAGCCGCAGGGCCGGGCCGCUGCGGCUGAGCUGAGAGUGACUCCGUGGGCCCGGGGUGGAGGGGGGCCACGCUGCAGCUGGUUGGGACUCGGGGCUGGUUUCCUGUCUGGAAGGGAAGGGGCCUUCAGAGGGGAGUGGGGGCAGCAGCAACAGGCACACUCCAGCCACUCUCCCUCUCCUCCCUUCUGCUGGAAAAGCGAGCUGGGAGAACAGCUGCCACCAAAGCAAGACUGGACACUCUGUGCCCAUAGUGCCCUCUGCAGCUGGCCUCCCCUCCCAGACCCCUGCUCUUCCCCACCUCACUGUCCUUUCCUCCCCUCCUGGCUCCCAUCAGGGCUUUGGAUCGGCAGCUAGAGGGUCUAAUCAAAGUGAAGAGGGAAAGGGGCAGCCUCUUCCAUCUGCCCCAGAGCUGGCCACCUCUCCUGGAGGAGAGCAGUGGGAGGAGUAACUGUGGGACAACGUGGUACCACCUGCCCCCCAGGGGUUGCCAAGGGAAAGGGCUCUGGGGGGCACAGAGAUGCAGGACAGAUUGCACAUCCUGGAGGACCUGAAUAUGCUCUACAUUCGGCAGAUGGCACUCAGCCUGGAGGACACCGAGUUGCAAAGGAAGCUGGAUCAUGAGAUCCGGAUGAGGGAAGGGGCCUGCAAACUGCUGGCAGCCUGCUCCCAGCGAGAACAGGCUCUGGAGGCCACCAAGAGCCUGCUGGUGUGCAACAGCAGAAUCCUUAGCUACAUGGGCGAACUACAGCGGCGCAAGGAGGCCCAGGUGCUGGAGAAGACAGGACGGCGGCCUUCCGACAGCGGGCUGCCUUCUGAGCGCUCCCCCUGCCGCGGCCGGGUCUGCAUCUCCGACCUCCGGAUCCCACUCAUGUGGAAAGACACAGAAUAUUUCAAGAACAAAGGUGACCUACACCGCUGGGCUGUGUUUCUACUGUUGCAGCUAGGGGAACAGAUUGAGGACACAGAGAUGAUCCUGGUGGACAGGACCCUCACAGACAUCUCCUUUCAGCACAGUGUGCUCUUCACCGAGGCAGGGCCAGAUUUUGAAUUGCGACUGGAGCUGUAUGGGGCCAGUGUAGAUGAAGAGGGGGCCCUGGCUGGCGCCCCCAAGAGACUUGCCACCAAACUCAGCAGCUCCCUGGGCCGCUCCUCAGGGAAGCGCGUCCGAGCGUCGCUGGACAGCGCUGGGGGCUCAGGGAGCAGUCCCAUCCUGCUCCCCACCCCGGCUGUGGGGGGUCCUCGUUACCACCUCUUAGCUCAUACCACACUCACCCUGGCAGCAGUGCAAGAUGGGUUCCGCACACAUGACCUCACCCUCACCAGUCAUGAGGAGAACCCUGCCUGGCUGCCCCUUUAUGGUAGCGUGUGUUGCCGCCUGGCAGCUCAGCCUCUCUGCAUGACUCAGCCCACUGCCAGUGGUGCCCUCAGGGUGCAGCAAGCUGGGCAGCUACAGAAUGGGGCACGAUUGCAUGGAGUCCUGAAAGGCACAAACCUCCUCUGUUACCGGCGACCGGAGGACGCAGACACUGGAGAAGAGCCGCUAUUAACUAUUGCCAUCAACAAGGAGACUCGGGUCCGGGCAGGGGAGCUGGACCAGGCCCCAGGGCGGCCCUGCACCCUCAGCAUCAGUAACCAGUACGGGGGUGAUGAGGUGACACACACCCUUCAGACAGACAGCCGGGAAGCCCUGCAGAGCUGGAGGGAGGCUCUGUGGCAGCUCUUCUUUGACAUGAGCCAGUGGAAGCAGUGCUGUGAUGAAGUCAUGAAAAUCGAAACUCCUGCUCCCCGGAAACCGCCCCAAGCCAUGGCCAAGCAGGGGUCAUUGUACCAUGAGAUGGCUAUUGAGCCGCUGGAUGACAUCGCAGCAGUGACAGACAUCCUGGCUCAGCGAGAGGGCACAAGGCUGGAGACAUCCCCACCCUGGCUAGCCAUGUUUACAGAUCAGCCUGCCCUGCCUAGCUCCUGCUUGCCUGCCUCAGUGGCCCCAGCCCCUGCCUGGACCCAGCCCCUCCCUUGGGGGCGACCCCGAACCUUUUCCCUGGAUGCUCUCCCUCCAGACCACUCCUCCUCGGGGGCUUCUUGCUCAGUUGCCCCUCUUCCCUCACAGCGACCCCCAAGUUCUAGAGGCCUUUGCAGCAAAGGCCCUCUCCGUACUUGGCUCCAAUCGCCAGUGUGAGGGACAAAGACACUGGCAACAGGAUCUGGCCAGAAAAGGGAAGGACCCACGUGCAAUUGGGCUCUGGACGCGGUGCUAUCUGAAGCAACUCUGGCUAGCUUAGCCUCCUCUUCCUCUCUGCAUUGGGAGUAGGCUGGGAGGGGGAACAGGAGGUCUUCUGAAGUUGUGAAUGCCAUGGUACUGAGUGGUUCAGUCCCAGAGCUGGCUGGGACCACCUAAGCCCUUCCUGGGAGAAAACUGGAAUAACCCUUCCCUACCUCCCUGCACUAACCAGCUUUGAAGAUGGCACUGAAGAGCCCUGGGAGGGGGCACACUUCCCUUGUCACUCCUACAUCAACCAUUAAAGUUAUUUAAUAGCA